GCCUGGCCUCGGGCCCUCUCCGUCUCCUGCUGCCCAGCCUGGUCAGUUGCUCCGCUCUCCUGCCCCGGCAGCUCAGUCACUCGCUAUCCUUUCCUCCCGCACAGGAGCCGCGCCGCGAGCGCCCCGGGGACUUCCCUGCCUCGCACGUGGUCGCAGCCCAGGUGAGCCGAGCCCGAGCGGGGAGCAGCUGCCUCCUGCCCCGGCGGCGGUGGCUGGGCGCCGGGAGAAGAUGGCUGACAGCACCGCGGCCACGGGCUCCUGGUGGAAAGCGCUGACCAGCAGCAGGAAAAAAGCCACAGAGGGGCCGGUGGCCGGAGCACCCCCGCCCCCGGCUGAACCCGCUCUGCCGCCGGCGCCCCCGGGCCCGGACUCUCGGGAGAACCAGCAGCCCAACUUCAGCAGCAGCGAGCCCAAGUUCGGCGAGAAGCCCGGCGGCGGCGGCGGGAGCAGCCGCAGGAACCUGAAGAUCUCCCGCUCCGGCCGCUUCAAGGAGAAGCGCAAGGUGCGAGCCCCUCUGCUGACCGAGAGCCCCAAGCUGUUCGAGGGCAGCGCGCCCAGCCACCCCAGCGAGGAGAGGCAAUAGCUGGGGCUGUCUGCAGCCGUACAGCCUCCGUCUGAGCGAGACUGGCCCCUGCAGCCAGUCCCCCAGCUCUCGCUCCUCCACCACCCAAGGAGCCGUGACUCCGCGUGGGCUAGGAGGAGACUCCUGCUGCUUCGGAAACGCCUCGGGUGCCUCUCGUCGCUAGGAGGAGGCUUUCUCUCCCCAGGGGGCGCGGUGACCCUGCCGUAACCAGGGCAGGGGUGAACCUAUUCUCUUGUUCGGAUUCCGAAUUUUGGAAACAAAAAUAAUCCCAGCGCCCUGUGUCUCUGUUCCUGGCUGCUGCACUUUGGACUGGAAUAUCACCCUCGCUGGCUGGAGCUGACCAGCGCUGCCCUGCUGCUUAUUUUAGGGGGUAGGGCGGGUACCUUUCUUGAUCAAAAAUAGCUCAAGCAAAUGGGGAUGAGUUUUAAUGAUGAAAUAAAGCUGAAAUGUAAAUGCAGUUUUUCUUGGUCGGUAUUAGAAUGUGCAAAGACGCUACUAGCGUGACUAAGACCAUGCACUGCCAUAAAUUACUCGCAUGCUGUGUAAAUUAACAACGCUUAUAAACCAAAGUCUAGGAACAGUAUAGGAACAUGUUCUAUUACUUUCAAAUACAGUAGACUAUAAUAUGUUGUAGUGGCAACCUAUGUCCCUCCAGACGGCUGACCCCCUCCCCUUUGCAGUAGCUUUUCCAAAUAGGUGGCUAUCCUUUCUCAGCUUUCUGACCAAGGGGAUUGUUAAUUGCUGUAAUACACUAACAUAGUCUCUCUCUUUUAAAGGGAAUGAGAUUGAAGUAUUCUUACCUAAAUUCAAGGCCAAGAACUUCCAGGGGUACCUGUAGAUCUCUAACAAUCAUGGUUCUGUUUGCCUCUAGUAGAUACCUCAAGCAAAAGAGUAAAGGAAUCCCUCUUACAUUCAGUGAGUUAUAAGAGGGUUAUUGUAAGUGAGAGGCACUUGGGUUCCCCUGCUCCUAAGUGUUAGUAUUUGCCUCUUGCAUAUUGGAAUAGAAUUUCUCUCUCCAUCCUUCCCCGCUCCCACCAAACUUCUAGGUAAUUACAAGGAAUUGCUCAAGAGGUGAAUCUGUAAUUUUCUUGUAGAGAAGAGUUGUUCAGAUUUGUCAUUCAGCUCACUAAGUAAGGUACACAAUGCAUUUAGUAAUAUGGUUCUCUGGUAAGUGAUGGCUUCAGUCUAAUUAAACUCAACCAAAGAAAUUGGGUGAUAAAAUGUAGAUGUCUUUUAGGGAGACAGUAACUCCGGUGAUGUUGAACAGAGUUGUGUUUAAUAUGUUUGCAGCCAACACUGAAAGCAAGAACGCUCAUUAACAUGUAAAUGGCUAUUGGUGGUGAUGAUGGUGGUCUCAGCCUUUAUCCCUAUGUAAACAGGCUCAAGGUUCCCAAGGUUUCUGCUGGUUGCAAUCAAGCACGAAGUGGAACUACUGAUUCUCCUAAUAACUGAAAUCUCAAACAUCCCUUGAGUUUUCAGAAAGGCCCUAUCACAAAGCAAACCAUUAGCCAAAACACAUCUACUGAGGUGUAAUGAGGAAAACUAGAGUGGAAAAAUGUCUAUUU